UAUAAUAAUAAUAUAUAUUUUAUUAUUAUAUAUUGCUGGCAAGCGAGUGUGUGUGAGUGUGUGGAGUGUAUGUUUGUUUGCCUUGCUUGUAAGAAUUGUGCGUCGUUCGUGCUCUGUUUGUGUCUGCGUGUUAUUUACUUUUGUCAAACGCAUUCCGACGCGUGUGCGUUUUUGCGGGAAUCGACGAAUUCGAGAAAAAUCUGCGGGACGAAUGAGUAGAAUUUUUACGACGCCGCCGUCGGACGCUCUUUCGCUGUGACGCGCCUCGCGUCGACGGAUUUUGGAUUUGUUUCGUCUGUACUGUUCUCGACGUCGCGUACGAAACGUUCAAUCAUUGGUGUAAUGAAUAUAACGUCAUUGUCCAGUGUAAAACGAUAAGAUUGAAGUAUGAAUACUGGAAGUUAUCCUACAUUUGUGACCGCUGCGCCGGCAACUUCAUUUAACACCUGUUCGAGUGCAAAUAUGACUCAAGUGAAUACAGGAAACAAAUAUAMAAAUGUUCAACAACAAACUGAUACAUCUAACUCUAAUACAGUAGUUAAUACUUCUAAUACUAGUGGACAAGUUGUUGCACUGUUAAACAGUGAUGAAGCAGGUGUGACUUACUURAGACCACUAGAUUCAAACGGUUUUGCAGUAAAUCUAGCUGGAGUUGGAUCAUCUAACCAACAAGGACAAAUAUUUACUAUUCCUAUAACUGUUCCUGGUUCUAAGCCUGGAGAACAAAGCCAAACUAUACAAAUUCAAGUAGUUGGGCAAGGUGGUAUAUCAGGUGAUAAACUCUUGCCUGUUUUUGGACCAGUAUUACAACUAGCGUAUAACCAACAACAAGACAAUGGAACCAUUCAACUUCAAUUACAGCAAGAAGGUGAUGUUUCAAAUGACCAAAUACAUAACAACAACAAUGAUUCAAUGCAAUCGUCAGAUUUAUUGCAAGAUGUCCAAGAGGAUCAAGAUAUGAUACAAGAUGUUAAACCAGUAAUUAUCGAACAAAGUGGCACAGAUAGUAAUGGCUUACCAUUUCCAUUGGCAGUAGUGGUGAAUCAAGACAUGGUUGUGCGGCGUAAUCAGCAAGACAACAAAGUAAUUGGCGAUCAAAAAGAUAAUCAGGCGGACAAACGAUUAAGAAUUCAAAAUGAACAAGAUUCAUCAAAUCAAUAUGUUAUGGCUUACUCAUCUAAUUCAAAUAAUUCUGUUUCAUUGGCUGAUUUUAUAUCUUUGAAUCAUGAUAAUAUACCUCUUGGACAUUUUUUAAAAUUUUCACCUGAUAAUAAUAAAAGAGAAAAUAUGGAAUCAUCUGGUAACCAAGAUGAUGGCACUAAUGAAAUGGUAGUUUACGAAGAUACCAAUAGUGGGGAAAAGGGYAAAAGAAAAAAAAAAUACAAAAAGAAACCACCAGCUGCUCGAAAACCAAGACCGGGUCAAAUACAUAUUGCAACUGCUUUAGAUGGUACCCUUCUGUUUUGUUGUCCAGAAUGUAGCAUGGCGUACCCCGAUAAAGAAAUGCUUGAACAACAUUUAGUUGCCCAUAAAAUAGAAAGAAGAUUUAUAUGUGACUUGUGUGGUGCUGGACUUAAACGAAAAGAACAUCUUGAGCGACAUAAGUUAGGUCAUAAUCCAGAACGUCCAUUUGUUUGUAAUGUUUGUUGUAAAGGUUUUAAAAGAAAAGAACAUUUAAAUUUACAUGCUGUGAUCCACUCAGGCGUAAAGACUGAAGUAUGUCAGGAUUGUGGUAAAGGUUUCUACCGGAGAGAUCACUUAAGAAAACAUACUCAAAGCCACAUUACUAAACGUUUAAAAGAAGAACAUGCAGCUCUUCAACAAAUGGCAGAACAAGUAACAGUGUCAGAUCGCCAAAAAAUGUCCGUCCCGGAACUUAUCCAAAAUCAAAGCCAUUCAGGACCAAUCAUUAACUUGGCCCACCAAGAAAUGAUAAUUGAUGCUGUUGCUAGCGGAAGAAACGAAAGCCCUUCCCCUCCAAGUGAUCAUCAAAUUGUCAUCACUAAAGGAAACCAAAAACUUACUGAACAGGAGUUGAUUAUACUACAGCAGCAGCAAAUUCAGCAACAGCAGCAGCAGAUUCAACAGCAGCAACAACAACAACAGCAGCAGCAGCAGCAGCAGCAACAACAACAACAACAACAACAGCAACCAAAUAGUCCAAAUAUAGCCCAACAAGAGAUGAUCAUUGAGGCUGUAGGACAACAACAUCAAAGUCCAUCUCCACCACAUGUGGAACACCAUCAAGUAGUWAUUACUAAACUAGAACCAAUAGAUGAUUCUAGAGGUGAAAAUGAAAGUAUUGUUUUGACUCAGUCUGAUGCUAGAGAAGCACUUGGCCUACUUCACCAUCAAUCUCAAUGACCUAAACUUUCAAUUGCCAAAGUGACUAUUAAACAGAAGCCACCAUAAUAAUGCAAGUAUACUAUUGGUAAUCUAUACUAAUUGUUUCCUAAAAGUCGUUCGAUCUAAAUCAAUAUUAACAUAAUAUAUAAUACUAUUUUUAAACUACCAAAAAAUAACUUCCAUUUUUUUUWAAACUAUUAUAUAGAAACAGACGUGCUCAAUAUUGUAGAUAAUAAAAUUUACGUGGAUGACAUUAUUUUUCAUGAAUAGCAAAUAAUUUUGUGAGGUUAGAUAUUAUUAAUACAAACAUAAUAUGUUACGAAUAUAUUAUAUUUAUAUUCUAACUUUGGAAAAUAGAUGUCAUUAACCUAGCCUAUUAUUUGUUAUAUAUUGAAGCAUAAAUAUUCAAGAUACUCAAUUAUAUUAUUUUAAUAUAACUAUCAUCAUAAACAUAAAUCAUAAUAUUAUAAUUGAGUAGUAAUAUAUUUUGGUKAAAUGGAGGAUUGUGAGGAGAAAAGACUCAUCAUUAUAGCUGAUUUCAAGUAAAUAGGAUAAAACUAAAAGAAACCAAUCUCUUGCUCAUCCUUCUUUGUGUGUUGAUGAUGUUCCACCCCGUUGUAAGAAUUUAAACAUAAAAUAUAUAUUAAUUAACUGCAAUACUAAAAGCAGGAUAAUAGACAUAUUUUUUAUUUUUUUAAAUUUUAAAAUAUUAAGAUAGUU